AUGAAGACUGUACUCACUCUGGCACUCGCUGCGUGUGCAGUCGCAACCGACCAUGGCUCUUCAUAUGGAGGCUCCGGCCCUUACAAAUCAUACUAUUUCGAAGUCGAAUCCCUCCCAAACCACACCUUCUACCAGCCACUGCAGUCGAGUCUCGAAGACUUUGGCUCCGACCUGAAACUCCCGGUUAUUAUCUGGGGAAACGGGGGCUGUGAGCCAUGUACGCCACUACCUUUUAAUUCUCACGGCCUCAAAUUCCGCAACUUCCUCGGCGAAGUCACAUCCUGGGGCGCGCUCGCAAUCGCCACCGGCGCCGCAUUCACCGACCCAGAAGCCUACACCGAAGGCUCUGAUCCCAGCUCCGUCGCAACAGACCAGGACCCCGGCGCAUUGACCAACGCGAUCGACUGGGUGUUUGCCAACGCAGGGAAGGGAGCCUGGCAGCAUAUCGACUACACCCGCAUCGGCGUCUGGGGGCAGAGUUGCGGCGGGUUGGAGGCUUACAGUGCCGGGGCGCAUGACGACCGGGUGAGCCACCUGGGUAUCUUUAAUAGUGGGCAGUUGGCUGCGAAUGAGAGUAAGAGUGUUGCCGGGAGUAUUACGAAGCCGGUGUUUUAUAUUCUUGGAGGGCCCGGGGAUGUUGCGUAUCCGAAUGGAGAACGAGACUACGGAUUCCUACCGAAUACGACAGCUGCGUGGAAGGGAAGUCAUACCCUUGGACAUAGUGAGGCGUUUGAUGUUGAGUUUGCCGGUAUCCCGGGGGUUACUGGGAAGAAGAUCCUGCAGUGGAUUCUGCGUGGCGAUGCAAGUGCGAAACAGUGGUUUGUUGGUGAUGCGCCGCAUGAGGCUGGGUAUGUGAAUGUUACAUAUCAGAACCUGGAUCGCAUUCAUGUACAGCCGCUAUAA